ACUGUUUAAUAUUAAACCGGAAAUCUACAAUAUUUUUCGAGCAGAUUGAGUAAACUGAUAAAUACUUAUGAGAUUGUGCUACUUGAAGUAUAUGUAUGAGGUUGCCGGUCGUCGGUUGCUGCAGAAUUUUUUGGCAAUCGACAGUAGUUUUUGAUAAAUCAAGAUAGUUUUUGAAUUCUCUGCAUGGUGAAUAUUAAUCAUAUUCGUGCAGUUACUACUCGUUAUGCUGACUAAUAUUUAGCGGGAACAACAGUUUGUAAUCUUUAAAAGAGCGAUCGUCUAAAAAUGACCCAUAAUCUGUUGGCAUAUUUUCCUUUAUUUUGCGGUGUUUUUUUUAUGGCUUCCAGAGGGCAAAGUAAUUUACCACGGUACGACGGAACACCGAUUAGUCAACGCGAGUGUGCCAGUCGCCCAAGGAAUGCUUGCUGGAAAGGUCUUGCUAACUGUCUUGAAGCCGGUAUCGGGCAAAUGCUUUUCAGGAAAGUGCCGGGAACCGUGUGGACUUUAGAAUGCUACAAAAAUGCCACUGCUCGUGAUUUUUUGGACACUGCGAGCAGUAUUGCCAUCGUUAAUCCAAAUCGAGCUGUUAAGGUAUUUGCAAAUGGUGGAGACUCUUACCAGCUAACGCAGCAGCUUGUCGACCCAAUUAGAACACAAUUAAUUGAGCUGCAGUACUGGAGCUGCCGAGACAAUACGGCCACAUCCACGUUGGGGACAUUGCGAUUGCCGAAUUUGCUGUACUUGCAGUUUCAUGGCUGCACCAGUUUAGUGAUAAAACGAGACGAUUUCCGCCACUUCAAGAAUUUGAGAAAUCUUGAUUUCCAUAUGACGUCCAUUGAAUCGAUUGAGCCGGAGACAUUCAAGGAUCUCCCGCAGCUAAGGUCACUCCAACUAGAAAAUGAAUACGCGAAUCUUCUUGGUCGACUUCACGAAAAUGAUCACGAUAACCAGUACGCUACUCCUCAGAUCCAGGCGGCUAUUCGUAAGAUUCACUGUGCUUGCGAUUAUGCGUGGCUGCGGAACUGGCUGAAUGCCAAUCCUUACCUCCAGAGCGACCGCGACGAAGGGGAAUUAUACAUUAUCGGAAAUCAUCCCAGUGCACGAGUAUACAGAAAGUCGAUAUUCCUUGCUGUAGACUGUGCCCCGAAAAACUUGUCCUAUUUCGCGGAGCGACGUCGUGGAUACAGAGAGGACAAUUACACUUUUUCAAUUAACACUUCUUGUUGAAAAAAGGAGUUUUAAGACGUAUAUGCUAUCUAGCAGAAUGGCAAUGGAAAACGAUUAUACAUGCCUGAGUACCGGCAUCGCUGUAGGAUAUGGCAUUCGUCUCCGAGAUAAUUCAAAGGUAGUGGGUAUUGUAUUGUGUUAAAAUAAAAGUUUGAGGCAUUUUUGCGCUUGCGGAAAUAACUCAAAAAUCUAAGCACAACCUAAUAAAGUAUUUACCUGUAAAACGGUAUUUAAGUUACCUUGGUUGUGUACUGGUUAGCUAUCAGUUAGCUGGACACUAUCCUAGCAGUCAUUCAGCGCUGCGCUAAUCCGUUUUAGCUUUGCCAAAUUGAUACUUAAUAAUUUUCGUAUUACCGGCCAGAUGUGUUUGCAAGAAGAAAAGAAUGAUGUUAGACCACCGUGAUAUCAUGCU